UUUUUUAAUGGUUUGUUUGCUUAUCAAUAUUGGAUUUUGGGGAUAAAAGUUAUGUUGUUAGAUUCAAAAACUACUUACAACUCUUGUUUUCUUUUGUUGUUUCCUAAGCUACUUCCUCAUUUGAAUGUGUUUUGUUUCUUAUGAAACAGACAAGGUCAUAUAUUUUUGCUUAGUGAUUGAUUCUGGUUCCAGCAUUUUUCUACUAGGUCUGAAGAUCAAGUUGAAAGUUGACUUGUGAUUGCUUGAUUGUAUUUAUGUCUCUAUGUCUUGUUUACAUGUUUCAGGAGGAUACAUGCCAAGAUCAGUGUCUGGGAACCUCACUUCAUAUCUUACAAAUACUUUAGCGUAAAUGUGUUGUUAUGUUCAUUGAUCCUAAUUUUAUGUGGUGAUUGAACAUACAGUGAAAUUCAGACCAAGCUCAAGAUCUUACGUCGAAUUCUCUUUAGGUUCUUUUGAUUCAUGAUCUGUUCGUUUUGUCUGUAGACUAGGCUUCACCCUUUGACUUUGAGACUUUGAGCCAGGGAGCUAAGAAAUCGUUUUUUUUCUCUUCCUUUUUUAGGUUGUAGAUUAGAAAAAGAGGAACAUGCUUAGAGUGCAAUACAAAUAAAGUAUACAAGAUCGAGUAAACAAAUUGAUUUUGGAAAGGAAAUAUUUCAUGGUUUAGAUGAUUAAAAGUAGCUAGGUUGUCUGUUUUAAUGAAUUUGUUGUCCUUUCAGGAAUGCAGACACAAGAGCACACCACCAUGUUUCUUUCAUUUCCUCAUUACAUUAGUUCACUUAAAUUCUCUCUAACGUUUUAAAAAUUUAUACUGAAUCUUAGCAGCUAUGUAGACCAUUCGAAAAAACAUUUUCUUUCAAUCGAGUAAUCGAACACCGACAAGUUUGGCUAUGCCUUUGUAUGAUUCGUCAACAUCGAGAUUGAUGGUUUAAUAUUGAUUUAAGUUAUUUUAGUGGCAAAUCAGAUAUAAACCUUCCAGACAGAUUGUAUCUGCAUGCAGUUUCACGUAUUUGGUGGCAUAGUUUCUGGAUAGCUUGAUGUAUCUUCAUAUUGUAUAAUCUAUGUGUAUUACUAAAAAUAUGAGACCUUAAUGGAGUAUGGAGGCUUGCUACGAACGUGCAACUGCAACCUUAAUUUACGCAAAACAUUACAGAUGCAACCCCCAAAAAACAAUAAUAUCCAAUCAGUACUGUAUCCAAUAAUGAGUAGUCAUGUGUCUUUGUACGUCCAUCAGUCCAUGCAUUACGUGAUGGACUUAAUAUUACAAAUGGCAUUCUGAUUUUGCAUAAUAAAAGCUGUGUUCACAUGUUCCCUGCGUAGUCGUAUUAAUUUUAAGCCAACCAACUUUGUGGAAUUCAUGUAGUAUACUGUUUUCGUUUUGUCUCGUACCGAAAUUUCUUUAAAACAACUGAAAAUAUAUGAAUUAACUAAGGUUCUGUGUAAUAUAGAAUGUUCUAUAACUAUUCAUAUGAUUUACAAACACAAAGAAGAUAUGUUUCACCACAAUGUUAUCGUCCUUUAAUUUUAGCAUUUCCUAAUAAUCAAUGGAUUAAUUCUGAUUAAAUUUAUUGUACAGUUGUACGUGAUACUAGUUUGAAUCUUAAACCCACUUAAACCGGCUUACUUUCUUGAGGCUUGGUUUCGUUCACGCAACGAGACAAACUUUUUUCCGGGUUCUAUUGCAUAAUAAAAACCUCGGAUUUUGUAACACUUGGCAGAUAACUUACUAAUGGAUUUCGGAAAAGGAUAGUGUGAAAAACAAUGAUAGCCAUGACAUAUUUUUAUAUAAAAAGCAACAUAAAGUUUUAACAAUAAUCAUAAGAAUCGGCUAAAAUGUCAAAAUGGUAUCGACUGUUUUUAAACUCAACAAGGUAAGCAUAAAGGAAAGACUCAAGAUAUGAUACCAAAACCUCCAAAUAAAAAAAGAAACACAAAAGAUAACUAACUGUAUCCAUUAAGUCACAACAUAUAUAACCUAUAGUAGCUAAUUCACAUUGAGAGCUAACAAGUGAAAAUCUCAUUCAUUUGAUUUUAACUUUGUGGUAGUUUCAUAGUAUUAAAUAUCGACACAGGUGGAGAGUUAGUUCGGUAACAUUUACUUCUCUGCUCCCACAUUCCCAACGUCCCCUUCUUUAUAAAUACGUCCUCAAUAUAUACAUACAAGACCGGUCCAUGACCCUCACGUGACUCUCACGGGUCUUCUUCCUUUCUUAGUUUCUUCUUCCACCGCCAUCAAUACAAAAUUACAAACAGUUCUCUCUCACAAAAGAGAAUGGACUCUCACAUCAACCCUAGCCAUGGCGGAAACUCUUCUUCUCUCGACAGUCUCAAACCAAGCGUACUAGCCACCAUCAUCAUCCUUCUCAUCACUCUCCUCGUCUCCGUCUCCAUUUGCGUCCUCCUCCGCUGCCUCAACCGCUGUAACCACCACCACUCGCCUCUCUCUCCGUCUCCCUCCGAUUCCCUCCGAUUCUCCACUCACCGAGUCUCUCCCGAAACAGAACGAUCCUCCUCUGUGCUCGACUCGCUCCCGAUUUUCAAAUUCUCCUCCGUCACUCGCCGAUCUUCCACCUCCUCUAACUCCAGCGACUGCGCGGUUUGUUUAUCGAAGUUCGAACCGGAGGAUCAGCUUCGUCUUCUGCCUCUCUGUUGCCACGCGUUUCACGCGGAUUGUAUCGAUACCUGGCUCGUGUCUAAUCAAACGUGUCCGCUUUGUCGCUCUCCUCUGUUCGCUUCCGAUUCCGAUCUCACGAAGGCUCUCGGCGGCGGAGAAGGAGAUAACAGUUUCCGUCUCGAAAUCGGAUCAAUCAGCCGCCGCAACGACGGUCCGAUUCCGGAAUCCGACGAUCAGCACCGGUCUUACGCAAUGGGAUCGUUCGAGUACAUAGUCGACGACGUCGAAUCCGAAAUCUCUGAGUCCAAUUUCAAUCAAACGCGAAAACAGGAAGACGCGCCUGUGGAGGUUACUGCGUCUAGUUAUAAUCCUGCGUUUGAAGCGAGUUUGGCGGGAGAGAUAGGUAACGAAGGUUCUAGAAGCUGGCUUAAGGAUUACGUGGACAGACUCUCGCUUGGUGUUUCGUUUAGAAGCUCUGAUAGGUUUUUUACUGGGAGCAGUCGUCGGAGCGAGGAAAUGACGGUGGUGGAUUUGGAGGCGAAUCAUGCCGGAGAAGAGAUAAGUGAGCUUUUCCGGUGGUUCUCAGGUGUCUGAUGUGAGUGUGACUCCGAAUGACAAUGACUAUCAAAUUUUAUUCAUUUGCUUGGUUCGAAAGAAAAGAGACAGAGCCCUUUUGCUUUUGGUUUGUACAUGUAUUAAACAGUACUCAAGACUUUCUAAUUUGGUAUACUUGUUUUUAAAUACUACUACUGUAUAUAGGCAAGUAGCCCAAACCCAAUAUCCUAAAUUUGGGCCAACAUUUGGGGAACCCAGUUUCUGAUACAA